AUGACUGACUACGGCGUCAUCGGGGCCCCACCUGUCUCCCACCUACCCGUACCAACCGAGAAUAACUCUCAGGAGAACGAUCGGCAUCUCCAGCUCCAGCCAACCUUGUCCCAUCAGCUCUCACCAUCAUAUCCUUCACCCCCAAAGUCGGCCGCACUGACCGAGAUAUCGAAUAGGAUCAAGGAGGAGGACACCAAGAAUUCAGACCACCCCUUCCAGAUCGUCUCGUCCCCCAGCCAGGGCACGGAGAUCCACCCCUUGGACCACUACAGCCAGCACCCGCACCCGCACCACGCCUCGCACUUCCCGAUCUUUCAGGAACAUCCCAAUCACCACACUCCGCCCACCUCAGCCGAUCUGCCCUACCACAGCAGCACCCUCCCCUCCAGCUUCCAUCUCCCCCACUCCGACCCCUUCCAACCGUCGCCCACCUGGUCCCAUUCCCCGCAGGUCGACUUCCACCAGCCCCACCUCUCUCUCUCCACGCCGAUCUCCGCCAAGGGGCUCAGCAGCGCAGACAGCACCCGCAGCUUCCCCCUCAGCCGUCUGCUCACGAUCCCCUACCAGCUCGACUCGCCAGACUCGAAGCUCGAUGGCUAUCAGCUCUCCCCCGGCUUUGGCUUACCGAGCCUCGAUGGCGCCUACAAUGAGUUCAACGGUCACCAUCCCGUCAGCCAGCCCCACCGAUUCGGCUCACAGCUCAAGGGCCUGCACCAGAUCCCGCCGAUCGAUCAUCACCCCCCUUCGGCGCCGGCCGACUACGCCCCCCGCUCUCCGCCCGCCCGGCAGAACCACCCGUUCCAUCUUCCAUCCCGUCUGCCGUCCACCCCCUCCGACUCCUUCCCCUUCCUCCUGCCGAGCCAUCUCGCCCAGCCUGCCCCGGAAGCCCAGGCCGGCCAGAAGAGGAAGUACGAGCCAGACUGCUUCUCCGAACCCUUCUCACCCAAGCUUCAACGCCCCUCCCCCGUACCCAUCCAGCCCAGCAGAGUGUCUCUCAAUACUGUCGGACUCGAAUCCGGCCAUGAGAGAAUGACUACUAUCCUCUGCCUGCAUGCCUCAGUUGCCCAGAAGUCUUACGGACAGGAGAAACGCUUUUUGUGUCCUCCCCCGUUAGUGCGGAUCACUGGGCCCUACAGACAGCUGCCCAAGUCGUACCGGCCAAUACUAUCCAUGUCGAUCUUGAACGAGAAUGGGCAGAGGCAUCUGUGUCAAACCGCUUUGCUGGGUGAAGAUGAAUCCAACGUCCACUUCAAAAGCCUUCACAUCAGCGGUGCUGCCAAGAAGGCCAAGCACGUCAAUCUCGAGUUGUCGCUCCAUCCCCCAAUCUUGCACGACCCCAAACCCCUUCCAAACGUUGGGCCCGAGAUGGAUGAGUUGAUGCCACCCUUCGCAACCUUCAGGUCCUCAGACUGUACAAUUAUCUCCAAGCCAUCCAAGAAAACUGCAAAAGCACGCAAUACCCAAUCGUGCAUCUUCAAUGGCUCAACGAUCUGUUUGUUCAACCGAAUCAACUCUCAAACCGUGCGGACGAAAUACCUUUGUGUUCAAGAUGGUCAACUAGCUGCCCGAGCUGCACAGUGGUCCGCUUUUACGAUCCGAGUCCUUCGUCGUGCAGAAGAAGCUGGAGCUGACGGCACCCCGCCGAUCACUGCUAAAACGCUCCUCUCUAGCAGUAUACCUGGCGCUGAUCGUACCGUUACCUAUGGCUCCGAGGUCGAGCUGAUUGACUUUGUCACGGGCGUCUCCAGCGGGCCCUUAAUUGUUCGGAAGGUAGAGAAAAACAUGGUGCAGAAGGACGCCACUGGCCCGGUUAGUCAGAUGCAGAAAUUAGCCUUCUGUCUGCUGGAUAAACCCUCUGGGUCUGCGCUUUACAUCAGCGCCCUAGAAGGGGUACCACUCUCUGCCAGCUCUCCUCCAACCGUACCUACUCCAGCCUCGGAAAUGAAUGCCAAUCCAGAUGGCACCGAUUUGUCUGGCCUUCCUCUUGGGCCCCCACUAGGUUAUACCAGCGCUCCUGCCCCCCAGACGACGCGCAUGCUCCACAUGCUGCAGCUUCAGCCUCCUCGGGCAACCCUUCCCUCUGAAGACCCAAAUGGCAUCCCCUUUGAUGAGAUUGACGAUUCUGUUGCUUGGACAGUGAUCGGUGUCGCCCACUUUUCCCACUCCUUCAUUGAUCUCUCCCACUACUACCCCCAAAUCCCUCAACUGCCGAUCACACCAUUUCCUGCUUUGACUGCCCGCCCACAGGUCGAUCUUCACGCCUUAACGAUGACCCUCAGGGUGACAGGAUUUUUUGACGCGCACGCUCGGGCAAUGGAGAUCUGGCUGGGGCCCAUUGGCGCACUGGAAACCAAGGUCUCGGCCACUUCGGGGUUAACAUUAGAGCCCAGCAUCGGUGACGGUGGGGCGAAUGAAAACUCGGGUUCGAACGGGUUGAGGCUGCAGGUCUCGUCGGAUGCCUCCAAUGGAUGGUCCUCGCACCGCAAAGGAGCUCGUCGGGAGUCGACACUCUUGGUCACCUUGCCCCCCCUAGAAAGUGUCUACUGGACCUUGCAUCGCAAAAAUAUGCCCAGUCGGUCGGUCAUCGUGCUGGAUGAGUCUAAUCGGUCGAUGAGCGAAUUGGUCGGCCGCAACGGGGACGGGGCGGCCAGGAAUGAGAACGGACAUCUCAAUCACUCCAAUCAUAUUCCCGCCUUGCCUAUCACCCUCAUCCGCGCCGACGGGAUCUCAUACGUUAUGGGCCACUCUAUCUGUCUCUGCGAGGUCAAUCACGACGAACACAAAGAAAACGAAGACAUCUCUAAAGCUUCCCCUGACGAGCCCGAUCGAUCACAUACAUUCAUCUUAAAAGUCAUUUAA